UGUUUGCGCAAUUUGCCGCAGGUUCAAUUCUCUCAUACUCUUUACCUCUGCCCACCAUGAUGACGCCCUGGCGUUAUGUUGUACUUGUCCUGGGGAUUAUUAUUAGUCUGCACUACAUAAUGAGCUUUGCUCAUCCGGGCUACAGUCAAGCGACAUCACUUUCCAACAUCAAGACGCAAUGGAACGGUUCAAAACCACCGUACCAGAUUCCUGUCCCCGACGAUUACUAUGUUCACAACAAUGUAACCUCACCGCAAGGACGGAAGGCUUCCGCAGCAAUUGUCAUGCUCGCACGCAACAGUGAUUUGAAUGGUAUCAUCGUCAGCAUGAAGCAGAUGGAGGACCGUUUCAACAAAAAGUUCCGGUAUCCUUAUGUGUUCUUGAAUGAGCAACCUUUUUCGGAACAAUUUAAGCGCCGGGUUUCAGAGCUUACGGAUGUUGAUGUUAAGUUUGGAUUUAUCCCUCAUGACCACUGGUACCAGCCCGAGACCAUAGACGAGGCUAAGGCAUCAGAGGCUCGAGCAGAUAUGGUGAAGAACAAGGUCAUUUAUGGAGGAAGCGUGCCCUAUCGGAAUAUGUGCCGGUUCAACUCCGGAUUCUUUUACAGACACGAGCUUUUGAAGCCGUACAAGUACUAUUGGAGAGUCGAGCCUGACGUCAAGUUCUUCUGUGACCUUGACUACGACCCUUUCCUGAUCAUGCAAGACCAGCAAAAGGUUUACGGUUUCACUGUAUCCUUGUACGAAUACGAGAGAACCAUUCCGACGCUUUGGGCAGCGGUUCGCGAAUUCUUGGAAGCAAACCCUGGUAUAACACCAAAAGAUAACGCCAUGGAUUUCCUCUCUGACGAUGGCGGCUUGACGUACAACCGAUGCCACUUUUGGAGCAAUUUUGAGAUCGGUGAUCUUGAUCUAUGGAGAGGUGAAGCCUAUUCUAAAUUUUUCGACUUCCUGGAUUCGAAAGGCGGAUUUUACUAUGAGCGAUGGGGUGACGCUCCUGUUCACAGCAUAGGAGCAGCGUUGUUUGCAAGGAAGGAUCAGAUACAUUUCUUCAAUGAUAUUGGCUAUCGGCAUGAACCUUUCCAACAUUGUCCUCAAGGCGAAGCUCACAAGCGGGGAAAGUGCUGGUGUGAUAGUAAUCAAAACUUCGACUAUGAGGGAUACUCGUGCCUCAACCGGUACGAUAGACUGUUUAACUAGGAUUCAAAGGAUGUAUCUACAUGAUAGCCAAGGCAAUACCUUUGCCAGCAUUAUUUGCUUGUUUUUUCCUUUCCAGCUACCCUGCCUGGACUUACUUCAAAGAAUGCUAACGCAAGUGUAAUAUACGAAAUGCAAGAUGAUAAUGAUACGGUGGAUAUGCAAUGUGCGGU